GCCGAGCCCGCGGUUCCGCGGAGCAGCCGCCGCCGUCGCAGCCGGGCCCUCUGCGUCCCCUCCCCGUCCCGCCCCUCGGCCCCUGGCGCCCCAGGCUCCGUCCCCACCCUCCUCCCGCCCCGCUUUCCUCCCUCCUUUCUUCCUCCCCCCUCCUUUCUCCCUUCGCCUGCAGCCCGAGCCGGGGGCGCUAGCCGGGCUGGCAGGAGGGCGGCGGCGGUGGCCCCACCACCAUGAGCUUUGAGGGCGGCCCCAGCGGCAGUCGGCGCCGCGGGGAGGAGAGCGGGGACGCCGAGCCGCCCCCGUCGCCUCCGCCGCCGUCGCCAGGAGAGCCAGCCUCGGUCCCCGCGCCCCCGCGUUACCUGCCACCGCUGCCCGCGCCGCCCGCGUCCCCCGAGCGCCCCGCGGGGCCAGACGAGUCGCCAGCGGAGGUGGUCCCGCGGCGCAGCGGCGCGGAGGAGCUGCCGCCGGCAGGGCAGGAGGUGGCCGCGGCAGGCGACUCCGGGGCAGGUCCGAGGCGCCUUCCGGAGACGACGGUCCCGGAGGCGGCGGCGGGGAAGGAGGGCCCCGGGGAGCCGGAGGUCCGCGCGGGUGGGGAGGGAGAGCGGCGGGUCUCCAGCGACCGGCCCGAGACGCGCUCGGUAUGCAGCAGCCGCAGCAGCAGCAGCGGCGGCGGCGACGACCGGCGCUCCGGGCACCAGCACCAGCACCACCAGCCCAUCUGCAAGAUCUGCUUCCAGGGCGCCGAGCAGGGGGAGCUGUUAAACCCCUGCCGAUGUGACGGGUCCGUUCGGUAUACACAUCAGCUUUGCUUGCUGAAGUGGAUCAGUGAGAGGGGUUCCUGGACCUGUGAACUCUGCUGUUACAGAUACCAUGUCAUAGCCAUUAAAAUGAAGCAACCUUGCCAGUGGCAAAGCAUUUCUAUAACACUGGUUGAGAAAGUUCAGAUGAUUGCUGUAAUCCUAGGAUCCCUGUUCUUAAUAGCGAGUGUGACCUGGCUCCUCUGGUCAGCCUUCAGUCCCUAUGCAGUGUGGCAGAGGAAGGACAUCCUUUUUCAAAUCUGCUAUGGAAUGUAUGGUUUUAUGGAUCUAGUGUGCAUAGGUCUCAUUGUCCAUGAAGGAGCUGCAGUUUACAGAGUGUUUAAACGCUGGCGAGCUGUCAACUUACACUGGGAUGUAUUAAAUUAUGACAAAGCCACAGACAUCGAAGAAAGUAGCCGGGGAGAGUCUUCCACAAGCAGAACUUUAUGGUUGCCAUUGACGGCUCUACGAAACAGGAACUUGGUCCACCCAACACAGUUGACCUCCCCAAGGUUUCAGUGUGGCUACAUGUUAUUACAUCUGUUCAAUCGGAUGAGGCCCCAUGAAGAUUUGUCAGAAGAUAACAGCUCGGGGGAGGUUGUGAUGAGAGUGACUUCAGUGUGACAAAGCUAAGAAGGCGCGAUGUGGACCACCCUGCACAUUUUGGAAUGUAAUUGCAGUGAAUGGCAAAACCAUAGCACUUCUAAAAACACACAUCUAUGAACUUUUUAAAAUUUAUGCUUUUUAUAUGAACAUUUGAAUUGCAAAUACAUUUUUCUGA